AAAAAUAUCUGUUACAAGAUGGCCAAGCAAACUGGGAACUUGAAAUAUAUAGAAAUCUGCAAUUUUUCUUUAUUCGAGAAUUUAAAAAGUCUGCGACUUUCGUGAGAUACGCAGUCAUCUAUUCAAGAGUUCAUUCAUCAUGCUGCGAUACUCCGAAAGACUGACUCCGUCAACAAUGAUGACUGGGUUAUGAAGAACCAAAAGGUUGUAACGGUUUACCUGGACGUCUUAUCUGUGCGGUCUUCAGUGGGGAACACGAAUGACGAAUCGAGAUAAGAAAAAAAAAUAAUGAAAUUGUUUAUCAACUACCAACUACACGAGUCAGUCACGUUUCGAACCGAUUACCAAGCGAGACGUUUGUUGCGACGGUGCAGAAGCUCGAUAAUAUUUCGCGGUUUAAAUACGUAUUAACGUAACUGGUUUCAAAUAUUUGCGAACUGUUCGUUUUCGAACCAGUUUAUUUAAUUAUCCUCUAGUAUUACAUAUUUUCAAGUUCAUCGUUUUCGUGACAAGUGAUCGCUGACAAGAUCCGUUAAUUAACUAAUAACAGCGAUAGAUUUCGUAUUUAUUUACUGCAUUUCUUCUUCUUUUCUUUCAUGUUUGCAGUUCAUUCGUCGUAAAGUUACAGGUGUGGAAGCAUCUCGGCCACCGCCGAUUGAACCGACGACGCAACGCGACGCGAAGGAAGGAAAUCUACCGCAAAACAAAAAGAAAGAAAACGUUUAAAAUAACCAACACGAAUACGGCUAAUUAGUAAUAAAGGUUAUUAUUAUGAGAGAGAGAGGGAGAAGAAACACGCAUCGACUAAUGACGCGUCGAUGAGCAACGUUGUAUCGGCAUUAUACGAGUAAAACAAUGGUGCUUCAUUAUUCGGCCAAAACUUAGACGACUCCAAUCAAAAAAAAAAAUAUGAUUUUUGUAAUUUACUACGAACGAUGACAAUAAUUUCGCGAGAGUUGGCCUGUACAUUAAACCAGUCGGCGACCGGUUGCGUUUAAAUAGAGCUGCACGCUGCGGCUGACUCGGUCGCAUUAGCAGUUUCGUAGACGAAAUGUACGCCUACGCGGUCCUUUGGUUUAUUAUGUCGAUGGUCGCGCUUGCGACGACCGCUACUUUGCCAUUUCCUGCGCAAAGGUACGCUUUUUCUUUUGCUCAGCCGCCAUACGCCGAUUUUCAAAGAUUUACGAGCACGUGUCCGCAAGAUUGUGAUAGUAAAAUAUUCUGCGAAGGGGAACUGCUACACGAUGUGCAAAUGGCUCGCAUAUAUCCGGACUCGAAAACUUUCGUCGAUAAGAAAUUACUUUUCCCAGAACCGGAGGUGAUUAGCAAGUAUCAAAAGCUGAAGAACGAUACCGGUACACCGAGCGUACAACAGUUGAAAAAAUUCAUCGACGAUAAUUUCGAGGACGAUCACAUAGACGUAUGGUUACCUCCGGACUUUAAAGACGAGCCCAGCAUAGUGAACAAUAUCGAAGACGAAGUAUUCAAGAGAUGGAUUAUCGAUAUCAAUAAAAUAUGGAAACAGUUGGGUAUGAAAGUUUCAGACGACGUGAAACUAAAUCCAGAACUGCAUUCUAUGCUGUAUAUGCCAAAUGGUUUCAUCAAGGCUGGUGGCAGAUUCCGCGAAAUGUACUAUUGGGAUUCGUACUGGAUAUUACGCGGUUUAUUGCUGUCCGAUAUGGUGGACACGGCUCGAGGUAUAGUCGAAAAUAUAAUCUGGCUAGUCAAAUUAUACGGACACAUGCCAAACGGAAGCCGGAAGUAUUACUUACAAAGAUCUCAGCCCCCAUUACUAAUACAGAUGGCAGCUACUUAUCAUUCGUGGACUAAAGACGAUAAUUUCAUUAAAACUAAUAUAAAGUAUUUAGAUAACGAAUUUCAAUGGUGGUAUCAAAAUCGCAUGGUGGACGUAAUCAAAGAUGGUAAAACUUACAAAAUGGCCAGAUACAAUGCGUCCAGCUGUACACCGCGGCCGGAAUCGUAUUACGAAGAUUACGUUCUAUCGAUGAAUUUAAGCACUAGUAAUGAGAAAAAAAGACUGUUCACUGGGAUCAAAUCAGCAGCCGAAUCCGGAUGGGAUUUUUCUAGUCGACAUAUCAGAGGUCCAGAUGACACGAAUCAAGGUUCGUUGUUGGAUAUGGACACGCCGAAUAUAAUAUUUGUAGAUUUGAAUUGUAUUUUACACGCUAACGCGGUCGUACUCAGCGAAUGGUACAGGUACUUUGGCAACGAAGUCAGAUCUCAAUACUACAAGAAUAUUGCCAACAAAUUAUUCAACGCCAUUGAAAAUGUUUUAUGGAACGAAGAAGUUGGUAUGUGGUUAGAUUGGGACAGACAGUUGCAGAAGAGUCGGAAUUAUUUUUACGCCAGUAAUCUAACGCCAUUAUGGACCGGAUCGUAUUCGAAAAAGUCAUCUUACGUGGAUAAAGCGAUUAUUUAUCUACUAACCCAAGGAAUCAUAAAAUUUGACUUCUCGCCAGUGUACUACGGUGUACCAACAUCGAAAGAAAACACUACUCAGCAAUGGGACUACCCGAACUGCUGGGCGCCUUUGCAAGCGAUCGUAAUCCAAGGCCUGGAAAGGACGAAACAUCCGAUCGCGAGAUACGUAGCUUUCAAAAUGGCUCAAAAUUGGGUGAAAACUUUAUACACCGGAUUUUCAUUACACGGUUUCAUGUACGAAAAAUACAGCGCAAUAGAACUAGGUGUAACCGGAGCUGGUGGCGAAUACAAUCCGCAGACCGGUUUCGGAUGGACGAACGGAUUCCUAAUGGAAAUAUUCAAUACGUGGGGUAAAUUCUUGAAAGCAAACGAAAUCGUAUCGUAAGCAGACGCGUCGCGUCGCGUCGCAAAUUUAUCGAUGGAAAAAUUUUAUUCGACCGUCGACGUGAACCUUGUUUACCUACUCGUAUGUACCUACUUUCGCAGUCAAGUUCCUAUACUGAAAAAUGUAUCUUACGUGAGACUGCCUUUAUACCAUAUUCAAAAUAUUUACUGUGAUUUGUAGAAAAAAAUUUACUCUCAGAGUCGAUUGUAUAUUUUGUAAUUCCAUCUUUAGAAUAGCUACCUACCUACUUUUUUUGUUUCCUAUACGUUUUGUCAUUUUAAGAGUUUUCUCAUUACUUAUCGUGUAUAACUUAAUUCACAUUUAUCUACAUUCUACAUAUAUUUGUACCUUACUCUGUAUUAUAUAUAGUAGGUACCAAUUCCGACGGAAAUAUUUUUGUAUUUUUUUCCGCCAAAAAUUUGAUUAAACGACAAAGUUGUACGUUGUACCUAAUCUAUACCUACAUCACGUCCAGAUUUAUUUCGAUUUAAAUGAGAUUCAUGUAUUAGGUAAAUAUAACGACUUAAUGACGGAUGUAAA